UGGGCAGGAAGUGGGGCGGGGUUUCGGGGCAGCCGAGGUGGAAUCUGGUACCCCAGGACUGCUGCUCCCCAGACCAACCACCCCACUGGGAAAGAUGCCUGGGGGUCCCGGACUCCUCCAAGCGCUGUGUGCCACCACCUUUCUCCUCUUCCUAAUCUCUGCUGGUGGCCUGGGCCCCGGGAGCCAGGCCCUGUGGGUGGACGGGGGCCCGCCAUCGAUGACGGUGAGCCUGGGGGAAACAGCCCGCCUCCAGUGCCUGCAUAACCGCAGCAGGCUGUCCAGCAAGCUCAACAUCACGUGGUGGCGCGUCCUCCAAGGCAACGCCACCUGGCCCGACAUCUUCCUGAGCUACGGCAAAGGCCCCAAUGGCGAGCUGACCAUCGACACUGUGAACAAGAGCCACAUGGGCAUGUACCGAUGCCAGGUGGAGGAGAAAGAUCUCAACCAAAAAAUCCUCAGCUCCCAGCAGUCCUGCGGCACCUACCUCCGCGUGCGCGAGCGGCUCCCCAGACCCUUCCUGGACAUGGGAGAGGGUACCAAGAACAACAUCAUCACAGCCGAGGGCAUCAUCCUGCUGUUCUGUGCCGUGGUGCCUGGGACCCUGCUGCUGUUCAGGAAACGAUGGCAAAAUAUGAAGUUUGGGGUGGAUGCCCAGGAUGACUAUGAAGAUGAAAACCUUUAUGAGGGCCUGAAUCUGGAUGACUGCUCCAUGUACGAGGACAUCUCCAGGGGCCUCCAGGGCACCUACCAGGACGUGGGAAGCCUCCACAUUGGAGACGGGGAUGUCCAGCUGGAGAAGCCGUGACCCUGCAGGGUGACCCUGUGGGCUGCCCUCUCCUGCUGUGUCGCCAGCUCUGGUGUCCCCCCACCCCUUCCUGUUCUCUUUUCAUAAUCUUUCCUGGAAGUGUCCUGACUCAACUUCUCCCUUGAGGGUGUCUGCUCUUCUUCCCUUUAGACUGUCCUCAUCCCCUCCCCAUGCCCCAAUUCAGCGCUCCUCCUGCUGCUUUUCCCCCACCCCCCCCCCCCAACACCCAGCGGGUAAUGAGCCCUUAAU